GUCUGGGCUCAGUCGAGGGGAUUUUGAAAAAGAGUUGGUCGUCUCAAUGUAGGGAAUGCUAUGACCGCCUCAUUACUCCUCCACUCGCACUGGAUUGACCCGGUGAUGUUUCUGUACGAGAACGGUUUGGAUGAAAGAAGCAAGAACAUGGAAGGAUUUACUGGAGGCAAUUUUGCUGCAAAUCAGUGCAGGAAUCUGUUAGCGCAUCCAACCUCACUGGCGCCCAGCACCACCUACACUGCGAGUGAGGUGCCAGUCUCUGGCAUGGGGGAACCUGGCAAACAAUGCAGCCCCUGUUCUGCCACUCAGAGCUCGCCCAAUGCAUCUUUGCCCUAUGGAUAUUUUGGCAGCAGUUAUUACCCAUGCAGGAUGUCCCACGGCAGCGUUAAAGCUUGCGCACAGCCUUCUGGUUAUGGCGAUAAAUACAUAGACUCAACGGUCUCUGGUGAGGAGUUCUCCUCCAGGGCGAAAGAAUUUGCGUUUUAUCAGGGGUAUUCCUCUGGCCCUUACCAACCCAGCUACUUGGACGUCCCUGUCGUACCUGCGCUGAGUGCCCCAUCUGAGCCAAGACAUGAGUCUCUGUUGCCCAUGGAGCCCUACCAACCAUGGGCCAUCACCAACGGUUGGAGUGGUCAAGUUUACUGCACCAAGGAGCAACCACAGUCAAAUCCACUGUGGAAAUCCACUUUACAAGAAACUAUAUCUGGUGGCGACAGCUCUGUCCGUCGUGGGAGAAAGAAGCGUGUGCCAUAUACUAAGGUGCAGCUCAAAGAACUGGAAAGAGAGUAUGCCACCAAUAAAUUCAUCACCAAAGACAAAAGGAGAAGGAUAUCUGCGCAGACAAACCUGACAGAGAGACAAGUGACAAUCUGGUUUCAGAACAGGCGCGUAAAGGAGAAAAAAAUUGUCAAUAAAUUCAAGAGUUCCAGUUAGCUCCGAAGUUGGUGAAAGGCGGACAUGGAUGGCCCUUAAUAUAAUAAUAAAAAUAAUAAACUGUGCUAUAAUUUAUUACUUUAUGAACGGUUUCGUUGUCGCCAGUGAGGCUCUGUUUUGUCCUGCACAUUUCCUUCUCGUGUUCUAAUUGGAACCAGCCUUAAAGGCCUGUUGACAGAAGAUCGGAAAUGCUUUGGAACACGUUGACCAAGGCGUUUCUGCGUGGGACGCUUUAAUAUUAUUAACCAAAGACAUUCAGCUUUGACAAAAAGAAAGAAAGAAAAAGAAACAAAGAUACACGCUGUCCAGUCACGCGCAUUUCUUCUGCUUAAUACAACACUGAAAUCAAGGUUGACUCACUUACAGUGAAAACAUUCAUUUAUAGACAAUGAUGCAAACUAAAAAUGCCAUUACAUGCAAGCAGGCCAAGCUCAGUUAAUCACACUCAGAUACAAUAGUAAUUACAGGAUUACAUUCUUCAGACAAAUUCCAUUCCGAAGUUUUGGCAGCUUGAAAAACGAAAUUUAAGCUGCAAUUUAAACAGCCAAUCACUAUUGAAAUAAACUUUAUCUUUCAAUAUCAGCCAGUAGUACGUAAAUGUUUGUGUACUUCAGUACUGGCCCACACUUUUUCCCCCUGAGGGUUUUUUGUUUAAAAUAUUUCGCCUGCGAAAGAGCUGAUAACCUACAAUAUUCUCCAGUCUUUCAAGAAAAUAUAGGCAUAUUUAAACAUGUAAAUACUAUGACUGCAACAUUUAUCCUCCGAUUUUUGACUGCAAUAGCAAAAAGUUUUUGACAAUAAAUGUUUAAGA